AAUAAAGACAGUUUGACAGUUAAGAUUAUAAAAUCACAAAUAUCAGUCGUUCUCAAAUAAUUUUCAUCAGAUCAAAAUCUUGAUUGCAGCAGUCGUCCAUUUAUUGAUUACGUAAUCCAUCAUCAAUAGUUCAUUUUGUUGAAUAGAAAACGCCUUGUAUUUACAUUUAUUUAAGAUGACAAUGUCACUAUAACCUUAACAUGACAAAAUUGUUUACAAGUUUUUUUUGAAUAAAAAUUGUAAUCAGAUUUUAGAAUAGGUAGGUACCUACAAAUUAUUAGAAUCUAAUUGAACUUCCUUUAGAACAUGAGAAUACGAAAAAAUAUUUACCCAAAAUCAUUGAAAGAGGUUUUAGCAACUGGAUUUUUAUGGAUCAAUAUUCUUCUUUACUACUAUCUUGAACUAUUUGUCGUCAUACCAAGUUUCUACGAAAAAUGGAGUCCUACUUAUAAUGUUCAUUGUACAAUAGUAUCAUUUAUGGUAUUUAGCGUUAUUGCUAAUCUGAUCGCUACAUCUCUUAUUGAUCCUAGCAUCAAAGGAAGGAUUCAAAGAGGAAAGCAGGUUCUAGAAUGGAAGUAUUGCGAAAAAUGUGAAGCAUCAGUUCCUCCACGAUCCUGGCACUGUAAUAUCUGUAAAAUUUGUAUUCUUAGAAGAGACCAUCACUGCUAUGUAAUGAGCUGUUGUGUAGGAUUCGAUAAUCAGAAAUAUUUCUUAACUUAUCUCUUUUAUCAAGUGCUGACUGCAAUCUACGGUUCUUAUUUUAAUAUUUGGUAUAUAUGGAAUUCUGUACAACCCGGAUGCAUGUGGAAAGCUAUUCUAAAGAUUGCUUUCCCUCUUAUCGGAGUCUUUUACAUAGAUUGGACCAGUUAUCAGUUUCACUGUUUUGUAAUACUUAUAAUAUUUUUAGUAGGAAUAAUGGCUACUUUAUUGUUGAUUUUUUAUAUACGAUUGAUUUCGAAAGGUGUUACUUUAUUUGAAAAUAAGAAGUUGAAAAACAAAGAUAAAUAUAAUAUAGCUAUUUUGGAAAAUGUAAAAACUGUUUUAGGUGAUAAAUGGUAUCUAUUUUGGCUUGAACCUUGGGUUGACAGUAAAUUACCUGGUGAUGGUAUGAACUGGAAGAGGAAGUUAUCGGUUUAUGAUUAAAAUCUCUACUUAAAGAGAUUAAACUGGUUUUUUUUUAAUUUUUAACGUAAAUUUACAAUGAAUAAACUGUAUUUUGAAUAA